AUGUGUUUAAUUUCCGGAAAACCCGAAAUUUGCUCUCACCAGCAAUGCAUCGCGUUUUAUCUAGAGCUAGUCCUUAAAAGUAUAAACUCCCAACAAUUGCAGCAGUCCCUACAAGAAGCUCGAACAACAUCAAUUAAUGACUACCAAACCUGAAUGAUCUGUUCAGCAUUAGAAAGCCAGAAUCGCACACUUGAACAAAUAAUUGAAGCGAAUAAGAGAUGCCACGCAUCUCUUGAUGAAAUGCUCAACUCGUUGCGAGUGUCAGCCCGUCCACAAGCUACGCCAUUAUGCCAAGAAUUCGUUGCUGAGGCAGAUUAUGAUCCUGAUAAAAUAUUGACUCUUCUUGCUUCCAACAGUACUUUUGAGUAUACAUUGGACCCACAGCAUACUUUACCAACCAGUGUGUUCAAAGAAAGAAGAUUUUCGUUAACAUUAGUUCUAAAAGAGAAGCAUGGAUAUCCAACUUUUUUAAGCUCACACCCGAGGUUCAAAGCUUAUCUUUUCACUCAAGACGCACCACCAAGAUGCUUGAAACUAAAUAUAUUCAGUAAAAAAAUAUUGAGGGGUACUACAGAGACCGAAAUUAAGGAAGAUGGAAUAAUUCAUUUUGAUUCACUAGUUAUUAAUGAAGUGAGCUCGCACUAUACAAAUGGAUGCUUUAAUUUAAUUAUAGCAAAUUUGACUUCGAGCUGCGUCAAACCUUUUAGGAUUGAAAAUCUUUAUGUUCGGGCAAGAAAAAUUGAAUAA